UCUCUGUAAUUAUGCCAAGGCCAUCUAGAUAAUGGGGAGCUGCUGGGUAGUUGGCUCCAGGAGGGGAAAAGAUGGGUCUCAUUACCCUGCAAGCCACCUUGUGCUUAAAAGAGAGGGGAGGGGGCGGAGGAGCAAGCUUCUGCUCCCUGAAUGACAAAGACACUCCUGGAUUUAGACUUCGGACUGCACAGAGAUGAGUGAGAACAGAAAUGAAGACUCAGUUCAUUCCUUUGAGCCUCUAUUUCUCAUCCACAAAGCGAGGCUUGUGGAACUAACUGGAAAGACGGACCAGGUGAAGCCUAGGGGAACCCUACCCUAGCACUGAGCCGAUCCCUGCCUGGCUCCUUCCCACCUCCUCUGCUCAAGACCUACCUUGAGCCCGAACUCAUGGCAGAGGAACAUCGUGCCAGCAGCAGCUUGUCUGACCCUGAUGCUGAUUUUAACCAACCUGGAGGAUCUGGAAGGCUCCAGCCAGGCUGCCAAGGCUAAUAGUGAUACCCAGACUCCAAGUCACUUCAAAGUCACCCACCCCAGACUCAGGGAUCAGCUGAAGAAGAAGUCCUCCAAAAAGAAGGGCUUCAAAUUUGUGCAGGAGAAGAUGUUGAAGUUUCAGCAUGUCAUCAGGAAUCAGUUCUUGCAGCAGAUAAGCCAGCAGAUGCAGUGCGUCCCGCCGGGAGAUCAGCAAUGCACACAAACCUCCAGGAAGCGGAAAAAGAUGGGCUACCUACUGUCUCAGAUGGUCAACUUCUUAUGGUCUAACACUGUAAAGAAACUGAAGUUCAAAGUACCUCUCCCUUGCUUGGACUCUAGAUGUGGCAUCAAAGUUGGGCACCAGACCCUGUCACCUUGGCAGACUGGCCAAUCCAGGCCUAGUCUGGGUGGCUUUGAGGCUGCCCUUGCCAGCUGCACCCUAUCUAAGCGUGGGGCUGGCAUCUAUGAGUCUUACCACUUAAGCUUCCAGAGCUACGAGGCCUAUCAGGCUGACAAAUACCACAAGGAUAAGAACCCUUCGGGCUACAUCAACCUUAGUACCAGCGAGAACAAGCUUUGCCUUGACCUGAUAACAGCGAGGUUGACUCAGAGUGACAUGAACUUACUUGAUGAGGCCCAGCUGCAGUACUCCGACUGGAAAGGACAACCCUUCCUUCGGGAAGAGCUGGCUAGCUUCUUGACCCACUACUGCAAGGCGCCUACACCCCUUGACCCAGAAAAUGUGGUGGUUCUAAAUGGCUGCUCCUCAGUCUUUGCUUCACUGGCCAUGGUUCUGUGUGACCCAGGUGAUGCCCUUCUGAUCCCCACACCGUGCUACAAUGGCUUUGUCUUCAGCUCCCACCUCUAUUCCAAAAUCGAGCUUAUUCCUGUCCACUUGGAGAGCCAGGUCCCCAGAUCCAACUUGGAUUCUUUCCAACUCACUGUGGAUAAGCUCAAGCUUGCCCUGACUCAGGCUAAGAAGAAGGCAAAAAAGGUCAAAGGCCUUGUGCUCAUCAACCCCCAGAAUCCUCUGGGUGAUGUCUACACUCAGUCGUCACUGCAAGAAUACCUGGUCUUUGCUAAGACUCACAAGCUGCACGUGAUCAUGGACGAGAUUUACAUGCUGUCAGUGUUUGAGCCGUCUGUCACAUUUCACAGCGUUCUGAGCAUAAAAGACUUGCCUGACCCUAACAUGACCCAUAUGAUCUGGGGCACUAGUAAGGAUUUCGGCAUGUCUGGCAUCCGCUUUGGUGUUCUCUAUACACACAACAAGGAGGUAGCCUCUGCCAUGAAAGCUUUUGGCUACCACCAUGGGGUCUCUGGCAUUACUCAGUACAAGCUGUGCCGACUGCUCCAGGACAAAGAGUGGAUCAGUAAGGUGUACCUUCCUAAAAACCAUAGCCGGCUCCAGAAGGCUUACAGCUAUAUCACUAAGAUCCUGAAGGACUUGAAGAUCCCCUUUUACAACGGUGGCUCUGGCCUCUUUGUCUGGAUCAACUUGAAAGCUUAUCUGAGUCCAUGCACAUUUGACCAAGAGCAGAUCCUUCACCAGCGCUUCCGGGACAAGAAGCUGUUAUUAUCUAGUGGCAAAUCCUACAUGUGUAUAGAGCCUGGCUGGUUCCGACUCGUCUUUGCAGAAACCCACCUUCACCUACAAGUGGCCAUGGAUCGGUUCUGCCACGUGCUUGCUGAACACAAAAAGCAUGAAAAGUAAACAGCAGGAGCAGGCAGCCAGGACAUAGACUGCUGCCCCCACCCAGUGGCUCCAGAGAGCCUGCUGUCACUUGCUCAGGGGCCCCUGAAAGUAACCUCGUGGCCAGGAGACAGGAGGAGGAAUUGGAGUCACCGUGCUGUCUGACCUCACUCAUCGAGUCCCCUACGCUGAGUGUCUGACAUUUUUAGAAGCCUUGUUUCUUUUAGUCUUCGCUAGCCAGACUGUGCUCAAAAUGAUGUUUUUAUUGUAGUAGGAGGGAGAAGGCCUAAGGAACCCUGGAGAGGUAAAGGCUGUUCCCCGGAUUCCUUUUUAGAUGGCUUUGUUUUGCAUUCACCAUUUAAUAAAAGUCAUGCUCUAUUUUCUCCA